GGAGGUGGCAGCUCUGUUCGAUCUGAAGCCUAACCCUGAAGGGGGUUUCUUCUCCGAGACUUUCAGGGACUACUCCAUCACCCUCUCCAAAUCUCAGCUCCCAACCCAGUCAAAGAAGAAAGGGGCUCACGGAAACAGGGAAGCCACAGGAAGAAGCCACGGCUGAAGAAGGGAAGAAGGAAGAACGCCUCCAGCGAGUGAAGACAGAAGGGAAACCAAGUCAGAUGUUGCCAGGAGACCGAGAGCGCAUGAGAGGAAGAAGAUGGGAGCGGCGGCGGCUGAAAAACCCUUUCAACCUAAAAACAAAACAAAGCCCUUCAUCCCACGGGAAACAGAUAAGAUUGAUCGUCCAGUAAGCACAGCUAUCUACUACAUGCUGCCAUCGGGAAGUGUAUCAAGCCUCCAUCGCAUCCCUUGCUCUGAAACUUGGCACUUUUACAUGGGAGAGCCUCUCACGGUGUUUGAGCUACAUGAAGAUGGCCACACCGAACUGACCGUCCUUGGCCCAGAUCUAGAUGCUGGCCACCGACCGCAGUACACUGUGCCACCAAAGGUGUGGUUUGGUUCAUUCCCAACCUUGGAUGUUGAGUCCUUUGCAUCUGAUGGCAGUUUUCUUGUCGAAGCUCCGAAAAGGGACCCUGAGCUGCAUUAUUCUCUGGUUGGGUGUACCUGUGCCCCUGCCUUUCAGUUUGAGGAUUUCGAGUUAGCCACAAGGCAUGAGCUGAAGGCCCUUGCUCCCCAUGCUGAAUCGAUCCUCAACUACCUUAUCCUUCCUAGCUGAAGAAAACCUUUGCAUGAGUUUAUUUUUGUCGUUCAGUUACAAUAAUCUGUAUCAGCUAUAUAAGUUGCGGCAACAAUUUGCUUCAAGAUGAAAUGACUUUUUCCAGUACAAUAGAUGGACUGUGUAUUAAGUGGCCACAGUGGCUUGAAUACUUCCUUUAUAAAUUAU